GGGGACAACAACUGUAAAAAUAGUAAACAUAAAAUAGCGCCAAGUUAAAAUUAAUUGAACUAGAUCACUAAAGCAAAGAAUCAUGAGUUUGUCACGAGUUGGAUGUACUUAUGAGAAUCAAUCCUCAAAGUUCUAUAGAAAUGACCAGGAUUUCCAGCGUCAGUUCUUUAAAAUUUAUGAAUCUCGUUUAAAGCAACUUGGAGAUCUUCUGAAGCAUAAAAUCAAUGCUAAACAUGGUACCAAGUAUCCAAUAAAGAUGAUUUCUGAUCUCAGUGAAGAUGAUCCAGCGAAAUGUAUCUUAAUCGGUAAUAUAUACAAGCAUAUGGAACUGAAGCCUAGUAUUUUGAAGGAGAUAGCUGAAGAGAACCAACUGGCACCACUUCCACCACCACAAGACUAUAAUCAGCCAUCAGAUGAAAUCAUACUAGAAGACAACAUUCAAAGAAUCAAACUUUGUGGUAAAAUUAAUACUGCAGAGCUAGUUACAGGGAUUGUUGUGGCUGUACUUGGAUACACGGAAGGAGCUGGAAAAUUUCAAGUUGAUGAACUAAUCCUCUAUGAGUCAGGACCAGAAGUUCCAUUAAAAGUAUUAGAUAUAUCACCAUUGCUAGUUUUCAUUAGUGGAAUAGAUUUGGCUAAUACAGAAACACCGUCAUUACCAUUAGACUUAUUCCAGCAAUGGGCUUAUGGAAAUCUAGAAAUGGGAAGUUCCCCAACACAAUAUUGUCCAUCAAAUGUCGUCCGUAUAGUUAUUGCUGGAAAUUCAACAAGAGCUAGUGCGCCAAAGAAGCAAAAGAAUGUAAAUUCAACAAAUUUAAGAGCCAUAGACACAAAAGGAAUGGUUGAAGGUGUACGAACAUUUGAUGAAUUUCUAUUUCAUUUAUCUCAAUCUGUUGCCGUUGAUGUUAUGCCUGGAGAAUAUGAUCCAUCAAAUGUCAUGCUUCCUCAACAGCCAUUUCAUCAUUGUCUAUUCCCAAGAAGUUCAGUUAAUCGAGCACUAACAGGCGUUCCAAAUCCAUAUCAAUUUUCUAUUGAGGAUCGAAUCAUUUUGGGGACAUCUGGGCAGAACAUUAAGGAUAUAAUGAAGUUUUCAACAACUGAUGAUCCUUUGGAAUGCAUGAAAAAUACUCUAAAGUGGUCACAUUUAGCCCCAACAUGUCCUGAUACGCUUCCUUGUUAUCCAUAUUAUGAUCAAGAUCCAUUCGUCAUAACUGAAUGUCCACAUGUUUACUUUAGUGCUCAUGAUUCAAAUGUGCUGCUUACGGAGAUCUAUGAAAACUCAAAUAGUCAAAAGACUCGACUUGUCUGCAUCCCAUCGUUCCAGAAGUCUCAAACAGUCGCUAUAGUCAAUUUAAAUACUCUAGAAUGCGAUGGCAUGUCAUUCUCAACAGCUAUCGAUAUGGAUGAGGAAUGAUAAAUAUAUUUAUUUUAAGAUCAUAUUGUACUGUAAUUAAGCAUUUGAAUAUUCAAAUAAAUAAAUUAAAAUUAACAGUUUUUUG